AUGACUCAUUGCAUGAAUGGUCAUGGGCUAUUCUACGGAUGGUGCACCUUGGCUGGCAGGCUAGAUGUAGGUGAGAUGAGGAUAGGAGUAGUCGAUGAUCCCAGGCUUGCCAGUGUGUCUACGUGCGCGUUCUCUGCUCAGGGCACCUGUUGGAUGGUGAAGGGUUCCAUCUGGGGUAUGGGAGGCGAAGUGAGAGCUUUGAAGACUGGUCUGCACUUGUCGGUAGAUCUCGAAAGUAAUCAGUUGAGGGCCACUGCUCUGCCCAUUAGACUUUGUAUUUCCUUCAUUAUUGAAGGUGAAUUCAUCUCGAGAAUGGCCUUGAUUUGGCGUGGGUGUGCCUCGAUAUCUCGUUGA